AAGCUGGACACCACAAGACCAAACUAGUGAGAGAUAGAAGACGGAGGCACACAUGGCAUUGCAAGCCAUCUCUCUGGGGUCUCCCUUUCUUUCAAUGCCUUGCCUUCCUCGACUCUACUUCACUAAACGUAAACCAUUUGCUUGUAAGCGACUGCAACGAGAUAUGCUACUGUCUUUGCUGAUUUGAACUUACUGUAUACCGGAGUUUGUUCUUUCCUGACCCCUUUGCGGGUUUUGAGCGAUUGAAGAUUGCUGUUAAUUUGAUAAUUUCUGCUCUGUGUAUCUGCUGAGACAUAGAAGUUUCGGUUGGCCUUUAAAGGAUUCACCACUAUCAUCUUAAGUUUCUUCUGAGCUCUCUUUGAUGUGUACCUCCUGUGCAUUUUCGUGGCAGCAAUGAGUGAUGAUCCAAUACGUGAGUGGAUCCUCUCAGAAGGAAAGGCAACUCAGAUUACAAGGAUUAGCUCUAUUGGUGGUGGUUGCAUCAAUCGUGCCAGUCGUUAUGACACUGAUGCUGGUUCUUUCUUUGUUAAAACAAACAGGAGCAUUGGGCCAUCAAUGUUUGAGGGAGAGGCUCUCGGCCUAGGUGCUAUGUAUGAAACCCAAACAAUUCGAGUACCUAGGCCGUUUAAGGUCGGACCCCUUCCAACAGGUGGAUCAUACAUUAUUAUGGAAUUUAUUGAAUUUGGUGCAUCUAGGGCUGACCAGUCUGUUUUAGGUAGGAAGCUUGCUGAAAUGCAUAAAGCGAGGAAGUCUGACAAAGGCUUUGGCUUUGAUGUUGAUAAUACAAUUGGCAGCACUCCACAGAUAAACACUUGGACUUCAGAUUGGGUUAAGUUUUAUGCAGAGCAUAGAUUGGGUUACCAACUGAAGCUGGCACUAGACCAAUAUGGUGAUUCAACAAUUUAUCAAAAAGGAGAAAGACUGGUGAAGAACCUGGCACCUCUCUUUGAAAACGUUGUUAUAGAGCCUUGCUUGCUUCACGGAGACUUGUGGAGUGGAAACAUCACCUCUGACAAGAAUGGCGAGCCUGUUAUACUUGAUCCUGCGUGUUAUUAUGGGCAUAGUGAGGCAGAAUUUGGAAUGUCCUGGUGUGCAAGUUUCGGAGGUUCUUUCUACGACGCCUAUUUUGAGGUGAUGCCCGAACAGCCUGGCUUUGAGAAGAGGAGAGAUGUGUAUUUGUUGUAUCAUUACUUGAAUCACUACAAUCUGUUUGGUCCUGGUUACCGUUCAUCUGCAAUGUCAAUAAUAGAUGACUACCUACGGAUGCUGAAAGUUUAGGCAUUGCGCAAUGUAUCCAUCGAUCAGUGUUGGCCCUAUCAGUUCAAGAUUGCAGUAGUACUUUGCGCAAAGCCUUUUCUGUAUCAUAUGUAAAUUACUUUCACCUUUUAUUUCAAUCCCAACAUCUUUCUUCUCAAACGUUUAUUAUA